GCACAGCUGACUCUGACGUCACUUUUCAACAUGGCGGACUGGAACCGAGGUCAUGGGUCUGUGGAAGACAUGCUGGAUGCUGAGAACAAGCGCUUGGCUGAUAAUCUGGCCACAAAGGUCUCCAGACUCAAAUCACUGGCGUUCGAAAUUGACAAAGAGGCGGAGGAUCAGAAUGAGUACCUCGAUGGCAUGGACUCUAACUUUAUGAGUGCAACUGGCCUACUGACUGGAAGCGUCAAGCGUUUCUCCACCAUGGUCAGGUCCAGUCGAGACAACCGCCGCAUUCUGUGCUACGUCUCAUUGGGCCUGGUUGUUGCCUUCUUCCUGCUUUACUACAUGGUGUCUCGGCUCCAGCGCUGACUGACCAGAUUAAACAACACUGACUUGAUGGUGGAACUGGAAGGCGAUCUCUGAGGAUUGUCUGGAAGGAAAAAAGACUUGUUUGAAGCAAGAAUAAAAAAAGACAGAUGUGUUUUUCAACACAUACAGCUGACUGUCUGAAUACAACCACCCACUGAGCUUCUUGUGAUCAGAUGAUGAAGGUCUCAGUCUGGAUUAAACCUACUUUGUCAAGAGUUAUGAUACAAUACACUAAUAUUCUACUUGGGGCAGUGGGUGAAAACACCAAAUUUGAUUUACAACUUUCUCCCUUGAGUUGAUGCCUGCAUUUUCAUCAUUGAAAUCUACCAUCGUCAUUUCAAAAGGUGUGUUGGCGAGCUCUCCAAAGUCUCUCCAAAAAGAAAAGUGUAAUUUACCAUACUGGUUGGAAAGGAUUUGUUAUGUGUUACUGUUUUUAAAUGUUUCUGAAUACGUGACAUGAUCUUAAUGCGUGAAGCGGCUUUCAUUAAUGAUGACAGUUUCUAUAUUGUGGUUUUUUUUUUUUUUAGAUAAAUGCAUUAUGGUCUAUUUUUGACACAUUCCAAUCACCUGUUACUACUGUAUAUAAAAAUGCUUAAUA